AUGAUUGAUAUUGGUGGCGCUAUUGUUGUUGCUAGUACUACUACUACCAUCACCGCCACCACCACUGCUGCUGCCGCUGCUGCUGCUGCUGCUGCUGCUGCUGCUGCUGCUGCUGCUGCUGAUGUUGUUAUGGCUGUGGUGGUGAUGUUGGUGAUGAGGUAG